CCACACUCCUCACCAGUUGAUGGCGGUAAUGCACCAAUUCGUUGUUUACCAACAGCCAAUAAACAUCAAGAAGAAGAAGAUGAUCACCGCUCACCAGUAGCUCCUUUUAAUUAUUUGCUGUUGGACGGUUUCAUAUGCAUGAAUAUUCGGAACGGCUCGGUCCAGCACUAACCAGACCCAACAAGGAACCAGUACAGCAGGCGUACCGGUUCCGACUGACCGCUGGAUCCGUUCCAUAAGUCAGAGGAUAAGUUGGACUCCCACACGGCCUGUAGCUGAAGCUCCAUCGAGGUUUCAGCUCAGAACGCUUCUUCCAAGACCUUCAGAUGAAGACUCCGAACAUCUGAAGACCAAAGAGGUGCUGGAGCUUCCAAGCCAGGAGCAAAAUGAAGGAGGAAAACCAGGAGAUGAAGAUUGAGGUGGAGGAGGAGAAGCAUGAGAUGAAGACUGAGGUGGAGGAGGAGAAGCUUGAGGUGAAGAUUGAGGUGGAGGAGGAGAAGCAUGAGAUGAAGACUGAGGUGGAGGAGGAGAAGCUUGAGGUGAAGAUUGAGGUGGAGAAGGAGAGCCAUGAGGUGAAAACGGAGCUGAAGCAGGAGAUGGAUGAGGAAGUUGAAGUUGAGGAGUACCAAGAGAAGCACCAGGACAGAAGACCAGACCACCACACUUCAAACACCACAAGCCAAACCGACCCAGUCGCCUCCUCUGGUCCUACAGAUCUACAGGAACAUGAAGAGCAUCAUCAGACAGAUGGAGACCUCACCGCACCAUCUACUGGAACGAUUCAUGGUCAGACUGGAAAAAAGCCAUACAGUUGUAACCAGUGUGGAGCAACUUUCAAAACCAAACCUUAUUUACGACGACAUCAACGGAUCCACACUGGAGAGAGACUACACAGAUGUGACCAGUGUGGAGCAACUUUCAAAACCAAACCUUAUUUACAGAGACAUCAAGCGAUCCACAGUCAAGAGAGACCCUACAGCUGUGACCAGUGUGGAGCAACUUUUAAAACUAAAUAUUAUUUAAAGAUACAUAAACGGAUCCAUACUCGAGAGACACCAUACAGCUGUGAUCAUUGUGGAGCAACAUUUCAAACUAAAUCUUAUUUAAAAGUACACAUCCGGAUUCACACUGGAGAGAGACCAUAUAGCUGUGACCAGUGUGGGGCAACUUUUAAAAGUAAACCUGAUUUACAGAGACAUCAGUGGAUCCAUACUGAAGGAAAACCAUACAGUUGUGAUGAGUGUGGAGCAACUUUCCAAACCAAGACCUAUCUAAGGAUGCAUAAGCUGAUCCACACUGGAGAAAGACCAUACAGCUGUGACCAGUGUGGAGCAACUUUUAAAACUAAAUCUUAUUUACAGAUACAUCAACGGUUCCACACUGGAGCUAGACCAUACAGCUGUGACCAAUGUGGAGAAUCUUUUCACACUAAAUCACAUUUAAAUAUACACAAACAGGUCCACACUGGAGAGAGACCAUACAUCUGUGACCAGUGUGGAGCAACGCUUAAAACUAAAUUUAAUUUAAAAAUACAUCAGCGGAUUCACACUGGAGAGAGACCAUACAGUUGUGACCAGUGUGAAGCAGCUUUUAAAGCAAAACCUGAUUUAAAGAGACACCAACGGAUCCACACAGGAGAGAGACCAUACAGUUGUGACCAGUGUGGAGCAGCUUUUCAGACUACAUCUGGUUUAAAGAUACACAAUCGGAUCCACACUGGAGUUAGACCAUACAGCUGUGACCGCUGUGGAGCAACACUUAAAACCAAAUUUAAUUUAAAGAUGCAUAUACGGAUCCACACUGGAGAGAGACCAUACAGCUGUGAGCUGUGUGGAGCAACUUGUAAAACUAAACCUGACCUAAAGAAACAUCAACGAAUUCACACUGGAGAGAGACCAUGCAGCUGUGACCAAUGUGGAGCAACUUUUCAAACUAAAUCCCAUUUAAGUAGACAUCAACGGAUUCACACUUGAGAGAUCAUACAGCUGUGACCAGUGUGGGCAAACCCCUGGUAAAGGCCAUCACACAAUGGAAAACAGCCCUACUGGUGUAAGUUGUAUGGAAAACAGGGACUAUGGUGAUUAAAUACGUGCAAAUUAAAUCUGUUUAAUCUUAAACAAUGUUGAUGAGUACAACGGACACAUAUAAGCCAUUACUUUAACUGCCACACUUUUUAACUUUUGUAAUACAACCUAAUCAUAAAAGGUUUCAUGUGGGGCAUAGAAUCCAUUAUAACCAUAUGCUGAGAAGAGGCUUCAGCAGGAAGAUGUGGAAAAUGGUCAAGUAUUCACAUAUAAGGUUGUGUUCAUGUUAUUUGUCUUAUUUACCUCGCAACAAUCUUUACGUUCAUUGAUAUUGUUUAGUAAAGAAUGAUGAAGAAAAAUAAGCUGGUUUAAUGCUUUGAAGGUAAUGGAGAAACGUUGAGCAUGAUUAAAAUCAGUAGUGGUUGGACAGGAGGAUGAUUAUUGAUCAUUGUUAAAGUAAUAAUCAUAAUUAUAAUCAACCAUGAUGUUGGGACCCCAGCCAUGAGUUACAACACUAAAGGCCAGUAGGAACGUUUCUGGAACUUUCAAAAUAAAUCGCAAUAACCGAGUUCCAGCACAGCCAGGAACAGGGAAUAACGGCGGACUUUCCGUGACGUCACUGAAGCAAAGUGUGUUCCAGAGAGUUCCCAGCAGAGACCCUGUCUCUACAACGCCGAGUGGAGCAUUUGUUCCCGGUCUGAAGGAAGGACAACAGGACCGCAUCACCGUGGUUACAGCUGUAACGUGACCCCUCCCCCCAACACACACACAGCUACAGAGGUUAGGUUAACCCUUUGUUCACUGUGGAAGCUUUCCUCAACGCCCUGGAUAACUUUUCCUCAGCAUGGUUCACGUAAGAGGUUGUGUUGGGCAGAGAGAAGUAAUUUAGAAUGAAAUAAUCUAAACAACUUUUGGUUUUAUGACGUUUUGUUUGUGUUGAAAACUCAGCUAUCUUA